GGUUAGUUGGGUCCUCUGUACUGGAAGGUGUCGUCCAAUAGACCCGAGAUUCUCCUUUACCUGGACAUAAGCAAUUCCUAGAUGUGAAGAGGAGUGAAACUUUAGCAGACAGCUCAAGCGAGAGCACGUGGAAGGUCUCAGAAAAAGAAGGGUCACCCAAGCUUCUGUGUAAGACAUUUGUGCCAGUGCUGAAGACAUUGCCAAUUAAAAUCAAGAUAAUUUAGGGUGAGAGAACUGGACUACUUAGAAACAAAAUGAGAAUUUAGGAGUUCCCAAGCAGAAGGCGACUAACGACACCAUGUCAGGCGAAGGGCUUUACAAGGCCGAGGUGAUCUAUAUCAAGGACGCUGAAAAAGGUGGAGCAGGGGACGCGGUCCAACAGGAGGCAUUUACUCUGUUGAAAUAUCCUGCUGAUCACCCAACCCCACCCCAGACCCCUGCCCCUGUCAAUACAGAAAAUACAGCCCACCAUUUUGUUUCCAGGCCCACUACUAUGGAAACAAAUGUCAACAAACACCAGAGCAUUUCUCGGCAGCACUGUCACAACGCCCCUGUGGGUGGCGAGGUCAGCUCGGGUCUGCUUUUUAAUAGAGUGUCCGAGUCAGAUGAGAGACUAAGCCCCGCAAGCUUCACAGACCCCGCCACACCUGAUUCUUGGAGGAGUCAGAGUCAGGAGUCUGUCCUCUCCGGGAGCUGGGACAAAGACAGGAGCUGGUCUGCGCUGCGCACCUCGCCCCCGACCUCCCCUCUAUCCUUCAGCCGUGCGCUGUCCCCGUGCUCCUCCGUGAGAUCUGGCAUGUUCACGCCCUCGUUUGUGCGAGUCAAGAGGCAAACCCUGGAACCUGCCUCCAGUUUAGUCCACAUGCCGCCGACCUGCUCCUCGCCGCCUGGUGAAAGCCCCUCCUCGUCCCCCUGCCCCCUGUCGCCACGCUCCCGACACAGGCUGCCUCCCACGCGGCUCUCCCUGCUGACAGCUAUCCUUCGUAAGGGCCGCCUGCCAGUCCUGUCACCUGCUCUGACUCUACAGCGGCCCUACUCCCCCUGCUGGCCCGUCCACAGCGGGACGUCCUGUAAUGCCUGCUUUGCUGCCUCCAGAGUGACCCCCAUUCCAGUGGAGGGGUCGGCCCCCAGAGCCCCUUCCUCAGCCUCUGUACACAGCGCCGCUCCGGGCCACAGUCACAAGGAUGGACGCGGGGCAGAGUCCCUGGGGUUCAUCGCCGCUCCGCGAUCCCUGGCGUCUAAGGAUUGUUCCACCUCGUGGGGAAAGAUUGGCCCUCAUAGCCCGCCGUUAUUACAUCUGAGUGAACGGAAAUCGAACGAUGGACUGGUGUCAGAGAGGGCCACCUCCCCGUCUUGUCAAAGAACUUUGUCUUCACCAAUCCCGCCGUUAUUACAUCUGAGUGAACGGAAAUCGAACGAUGGACUGGUGUCAGAGAGGGCCACCUCCCCGUCUUGUCAAAGACCUUUGUCUUCACCAAUCCCGCCGUUGCCUCUGCCGUUCCCUAAGGAUACCCUGAGAACGGUGGACUAUGCCAAAGUUCCCCUCCCCAAAGUUUUAAGUCCACCGAUAUAUUUGUCGCAAUCAAGGCUCUGGUACAUGUCUCCUGACCCGCUCAGCAGUUCAAUAAACGCAAGACCUGGCACUUUGUCCCCUGAACCUAAACCAGUUAAAAACCAGGGGACCUUGGUGCCUCAAGAUUCAAAUCAUCCCCAGAAAUCAUCAUCAUCUAGGCUUCUAAACGAGUCUCCUGAAUCAGUCAACGCCUCAGACUCAACACUGGACUCCACAUCUUUUAAACCUAAACCAAUCAACAAAAACUUUGUUCAAGCUUUGAAUUCUCAUUUGCACUCGAAGCUCAGCUCUCUGUCUUCUGCAGACAACAAGGCCCCGGUUUCCUCCGGACCCAAAGCUUCCUCCAUGGGGAUGUCUCACAACUGGGGGACCCCCAUGGGGACCCUUACCCACUGUGCGUCCUUAAACCCCCCAGUUUCAAGUCCACUUCCCUGCUCAUCUCUUUCCAAGCUGCAUGUUAUGGAUGUUAAACCUAGCUCCUUGUCCACCUGUGCCUCAGAAGGCCAUCUUCCAGGCCCAUCCCAGUUGUUAAGUGUCCCUGUUACCUCAAUACAAAGGCACACAGACGCAACAAGCCCAGCCCCGUUACAGAACGGCGUGAAAACUCCUCCCAGCUGGGGGCAGCACCUCAGCGUCCCCCAAGCUUACAAAUCUUUCCGCCUCCCUCCCAACCGUUACACGGCCCCUGGAUGUACCUCACCUGAGCCCAACACUCCCCCCUGUACUCCCGACCGCCUCUCCCUCUCCCCGUCUCCGGCGCCUCCGGCGCGUGACCUUACUCCGUCUCCCUCUCUCUCCGUACGCUCCACACCCUCUCCAUGCCUUUGGAGGGAGACGUCAGACUCAAUCGAUAAAAGAAGAAAGCCCCACAAGAUCAAGUUAAGCUACAAAACAUUUGCUGCAAUUCCCACAAACAACCUUCUGUUGGUCCAGCAGGCCAUUGACGAUGAAGUGGACAAAGACAGAGAUUCGCAGGACACAAUGGACAGGUGUAUCAAAGCGGACACACAUGAAGAGAUGUGUUCUCCAGCCGAGUUGCGGCAGCAGUCUGCAGAACUGUACUCUGUCAUAGACGAAGUGUUGGAGGACCCCAUUUCAGUGCGCCGCACAUCCCCUGCCCUUGGAUAUUCGAGGGAAACAUUGGACAAAGGCGGAUCAAGGUGGUACACAUCAUUACCAAAACAUUUGGGCCGCGAAACUAAAUAUGCAUCUUUCAAUCAACAACCAUAUUCUGCUGUUGAGAGAAAACUGACAGAUCCAUACAAGACCAAGCCUGGGGUAAUUCGACCAGCCCAUAUUAUCCCAAGAUUACCAGAGGAAGAUGAAAAAGAAUUCAAUUCAAACCCCUUCACGAAAUAUCUGGAUGAGCUGACUGUCAAUGACCAGAACAAGCUGGAAAAAACUUAUUUGGGAGAGACGGGGGCCGAUGGCAAAGUAGCCCCUGGCAACCUGGCCUUGAACACAGAGAAGACCAGCAGCAAAAACUCAACAGCUAAAGAGGACGACCUCUCCAUCUACUCACUGUCAAUUACUGAAUCUGAGGAGCCAAACCCUAACCCUGCCAAUGAUGGUUCCUGCCAAGGUGGUGCAACCUCUUUUAACCCUAUGAAGAAAUCGAGACUCAUCAGACCAGGCAACAUUCUUCCAGUCUUCAACUGUCCAAUUUUGAGACACAUGCAAUCAGACCUGGUCUUGGGAACGGCUGAACAUGAAGAUCUCAUCAGAGUUGAGAAAAUCAAAAUUUAUUUACUUUAUAGUCCACUUGUGGAAUAAUCUCCAGGAAGAGCUGAUGUCGGAUAAAGGCAAUUCAUUUUUUGGGGUGGGGGUUGGAUUCUUGUUUGUUAUAUUGCAGGAUGUGUACUUGUUUGUGAUUUACACAUUUUGAAUGUGUUUUGGUUGUAUGCUGUUAUGUAUUUGAAUUAUUUUGUAGAUGCAUGAAACACACAGGUCGUUACUGUAAAUAUGAAUGUGUUCUCAGUAAACUAACCUGGUAAAAUGGCAAACAAACACAAAAGGAACAUUGACCCACAACAGAACUAAUAUAAACCUUACACAUUUUACAUUCACAAUGAAGUAAGACUACAAUUGCAAUAUUAAUGUAUCACAUCCUAAAGUUGUGUAAUCCUUUGGUUGGAAGGAGACAAAUAUUAUUGUUUACCCUUUGUUUUGCAUCCCAAUAAUAAGUUUUUUAGUAAUGUUCAAUGCUGAAACUGCAAUCCAAAUAUGAUUUUAUUGCUGCUAUUGCAUUUGACCACUAGGGAGCAAUUAAGUUACAUAUACCAUGUUUAAGCUAGGAAACUUUUGUGCAAAGCUGUCUGUUGCUGAAGGAUGCAGUACCAUCAAAGGUUUGGUUUUCACAAUGCAUCCCUUUACAAAACUUUUUUUUUAAUUGUCAGUGUGGGAGAAUCAUUGACUUAUGUUUACUUACUGAACCAAAUUUGUAUUUAGUAUAUAAUUUAUAAAUACAAAUAUAUAAAUGUAAUCAUAUAUAAAAUGCAAAUACAUCUAAGCAACAGCUAAAUGAUAAACGCCUGCUAAAGUCACUCUAUGUAGCAUCAAGAGAACUUGUAGUUUUUUGUAUAAUUUACCUUUAGUUACAAUGUAUGUUGGUAGUAGGAGGGCUGUAAAAAAAAAAAAAAAGUGGGUCUCUGUCCAGGCAUUUAUACUGUAGUUAGUGUUGAGGUACCUAUGCAUCAGUGUUCAUCCCAUGAAGACAAACGAAUAUCUGUCUGUUACGGUUGUUACUUUACGCGGUGCCGUCUUCACAUUUACAGGGUUGGUAUGGUGCAGCAAAAUGAAUUGGUGUCUGUUUCCACAGAUGCAGUGCAGCCAAAUGUGGGAAGUACUUAUCCUGUAGUUAGCAAGUAUGUACAUUAUGUAAGUACUGUCAUGAUACCAGAUGGAGGCAGGUGUUGUGGUUCCAAUCGCAGAGUGCGCCGCUUUUAUUGGUACACGGGCAGGCAAAAGGUCAAAACACAGUAGUCCAAAAAGCAGGCAAAGAUACAGACGGGCGAGACUAGGAAUUGGAGUCAAAGGAAAAGUAGGCUAAAGCAGAUCUGUACACAAAGAUCCAAAAACGGUUGUAAUUCCAGAAAAGGGCUGUGAGAAACGUUCAAUACCUCACAAUCGGAAGACUGGGAGUGAAUGAACUAAAUAGUGGGAGAAAGCAAAGGAACAGGUAAGUGACACAGGUGAUCCGUAUUCAGGUGAUUGUGAGGCGGGAACAGGGGUGCGUUCAGGUAGAGUGGAAGGUUGAGUUCUGGGAGGUGCGCUGGUUCCCACUGAUGAGUGAUGUGAAUGGGGCACAGACCUUACAAGUAAUAGAAUUUCAUAAUCUACUUCAUUGAAAAAAACUUACUAUUCUUCGAUUAUGUGGUUUUCCCAAGCAGCUAUUUGAAAAUAAAAGCUAGACGUAAUUGUAAAUCAUGAUUCAAAGCAGGUUAAACCAUAGUUACAACUGUAAUGUGACAUAUUAGGGUAGUUAAAUGGUAUGUUAAAGGGGAUAUUUUUUUGCCAAUUUAGCAUAAAGUUCCUUCUUACCUCAACACACUCCAUCUUUUAAAAAGUUUGAGAUUUUGCACUUUGACCCUGCUCUUCUAUGGCAUUGAAAAUCCUACACAUGCUAGUGGACUGGACCUUUUGUUGUGUUCACGGUACAGAGCUCCUUCCCACAGACCAAAUACAGGAAGUGCAGCAUAAAGCUACCAUUAACAAGCAAUGCUUGCAAGUUUUAAUUAACUGAUAAGAUAAAUUCAUUAAAUCGUAUUUCCAAGCAUUUCAAGUGCAAUUUAGACUAAACGGGAAGUUGUUGAUAUCCCUCUAUUAACAAUGUCCUUAUCAAAUUGCCCAUUAGCUAGAUUUUGUUGUUUGUGAGCUGUCCUCCAGGUACAGUUUUUAUCUAGUAGAAACUAUUUACAUAGACUCAUGGCUAUUCCUAAAGCCAAAGGUGCCUCCACGCAAAUAUUGACUAACGGGGGUAAAUCCUUUUCUGUU